CACGUGAUCAAGGAUGCUGGCUUUUUUUUUCCUUUUUCUUUCCUGCUGGCUAAAGAGCGAGGAAUUUGAGCGGGAAACCGCUUUUCCGCCUGGGGCCUAGCAGGGCUGGCGGCGCCCUAAGGAGGACCGGAACGUGCCGUGCGUUGCUUUGGCGGUGUCUCCCGCGGCGCGCUUCUUAGUCAGGGUCCGACGCCAAAAGGGACGGGAGUGGAGCAGGAAUCAUCAAUUUGGAAAGGGAACGCUAUGAAGGAAACUUGUUCCUGUUGCCUGAAGUUGGCUGUUCUUUGGUGUGCUUUAUACUGUUGUCUGAAGUGAAUGCCCCAUUAAAAACAACCAUAAGCUAUGUUGGUUUGAUGCAGACUUAAAUCGCAAAAUGUAAAAUUAUUUUUGGAAAGGAAGAAAUUAUGACCAACAUUUCAAGCCAUCAUUCUAUUUUUGAGUAGACUUUAUUCAUCCAGCAUUAUCAGGAUGCUGGGUGCAUAUGGCAUGCAGAAAUGUCACCAAGAGGUGCUCAGAAAGAACCGCGUAUCCCUAGCAAGUCAACUAGUGUUGACGGAAUUAAUGGAACAUCUUAUAGAAAAAAAUAUUAUCACAGAAACAAUGAUGGAGAUGAUACAGGCGAAGUCUGGAAAUUUUAGCCAAAACAUAGAAUUCUUGAAUUUGCUUCCGAAGAGGGGCCCCAAAGCCUUUUCAGCCUUUUGUGAAGCUUUACGAGAAACUAAACAACAGCACUUGGAAGAAAUGCUCUUGAGCACUAUCCCCUGCCAUAGGACCGAGGCUAUAAAGCGACCUCAUUGUUAUGAUCAAAGUUUCCCGUUUCCAGUGCCUGAAUCCUGUGAAUCCCAGAAAAGACUAUAUCAGAAUAAUGCAGUGCCUAUGGAGCAUUCAUUAGAUGAUGGAGAUGGACCUCACUAUUCCCAGGUGAAACCAUGCACUCCAGAAUUUUAUCACACGCAUGCACACUUGGCAUACAAAUUGAAAUCACGCCCACGAGGCCUGGCUCUUAUCCUUAGCAAUGUGCAUUUCAGCAGUGAGACUGAUCUGGAGUCGCGUUCUGGAGGAAAUGUGGACAAUGCUGCUCUAGAUACGCUCUUCAAGCAUCUUGGAUAUCAGGUGUUUGUAAAACAUGAUCAGACUGCACAGGAAAUGAAAGAACAGUUGGAAAAUUUUUCCAAGCAUCCAGUUCACCAAAACGUAGACUCCUGCAUAGUAUCACUUCUUUCGCAUGGCAUAGAGGGUGGAGUCUAUGGAGUGGAUGGGAAGCUACUUCAGCUGCAGGAAAUUUUCAGUCUUUUUGACAAUGCAAAUUGUCCUAAACUUCAGAAUAAGCCUAAAAUGUUCUUCAUCCAGGCAUGCCGGGGGGAUGAGACAGACCGUGGAGUGGAUCAGAUAGAUGGGAAUGACCGGGCCAAUUCUCCUGGCUGUGAAGAGAGCGAUGCCAACAAGAAGGAAAAUCUUAAAUUACGCCUCCCCACCUGCUCUGAUAUGAUCUGUGGAUAUGCCUGUCUGAAAGGUACAGCUGCUAUGAGAAAUACCAAACGUGGAUCAUGGUAUAUAGAAGCUCUUUCUUCUGUGUUUGCUGAGGAUGCCAGAAACAUGCAUGUGGCUGACAUGCUGGUCAAGGUAAACAGACUAAUCAAACACCGUGAAGGCCAUGCCCCUGGCACAGAGUUUCAUCGUUGUAAGGAGAUGUCAGAGUACUGUAGCACUCUCUGCCAAGACCUUUACCUAUUUCCAGGGAUAGUUUCUGAGAAUUAAUUAUAUUGUUAUGAUCUUCAUGGAUAUCAGAUGAGUUCAAACUUUGUAUGACAGUGAAAAUUUGACUGAUGAGCUAUGGCAUAUGCUAUUUGCUUUCUUGUUUCUUUUUUUUAAAAACACCUGAGGUAUCCUAAGCUAUAACCUGUAAGUAAAUAAUGCCUGGCCAUGCCAAAUUUCUUACACCGUGUGCAGAGUUUGCUAAAAUUACUCUUCAGAGUAGGAUUUGGCCAUUGUUCUGGGGGUUUUCUCUCCAUGUGCCAAAAACUGAUCGAUGGGGAGCACUUUAAUGAUUUUAUGUAAGUGUUUAUAGAAAAUGUGAGUUUAAAAUUUCAUGUAAUUAUUUUUAUAAAGAAAAAGAUAUAAAACGUUUUUUAAAAGUUACACAUUGAAUUCUUUUUUAAUUUGAAUUGAUGUUUGGUUGCCCGUAGCAGUAGGCUUGAAAGGGAACCUUAACUCUAAAAAUGGAGGCUUUGCAGACUAUGAUGGCCAAGUUAGAAUGGUAGGCCAGUGCUAAUGUUGCUUUAUGCAUAUAGAUAAUUCAAGCAGUCACUAAGUUACUAGUUUUUGUUAUAAAACUUUUCAUUAUAUGCUUGCUGGUUACAAUAUUUUCUACAGUGAAAUUAGAUCAUUCUUGUAGAAAAUUGAGAGCAGGACUUGGAAAUAAUCAUAGUGAUUUUCAUUCUUCAAGAUGCUUCCAGUUACAUAAAACUGUAAGUUUCUAAGUUGUAAUAGCUUUAGGUUAUGAUUCCAACACUACCUGCUCCUUCAAUGAAUAGCAUUAGCUUGACUGAAAGGCUUCUGUUUGUUAUUGUGCUCAUUAUUUGUUUUUAAAAUUACCGAUCUGAAACAGUUUAUGAUUUAACAUAAACUGGAAGUGCUUUUAAUGUAGAACAGGAAAUAUUUUGCUCUUCUGCUUGUAAGGAUGCCUGGACCAGGCACAGGAUAGAAAGUAGAGAGGAAGAUUUUAAACCCAUUAUUUUUCAGAAUCUAGUUCUACUACUGUAAAUGGCCCCUUGGGUGGGACCUAUCCUGUCUUUGACUUUUCCAGUGGUCUUCGGAACAGAUGCAAGACAGUUUCCUUGAUAUGUGUGAAUAGACU